AUGGGAGGCGAGAUGAGCAAGGGGAAUUAUGGGAGGGUUGGACAAGAGCCUGAUUGGAUAAACGAUUAUAAAGAGGCCUGCAAAAAUGAUUCAGACGUCAGGAAUUUCGACGACAAGCUUGAUGAUGAUCUAAAGCGAGUAGCCAACGUACCGCUGAAAACGGCACUAGAGGAGGGGGCGGCUUUGAAUAAAAAUUUCUACACUCAGCUGAACAAUUGCCUGGGAAAGAUGAAUGGAAACCAGCGUUUGCUUCAGGUCGCGUUACAGUGCAUAGCGCCUGCAAACUCCCCUCCCGGCACGGCACAGUACGACAUGUUGCUCGCAGCGGCCUUGACUUCGCCACCGUUAGCAGUGACCAUUGUGGCCACCCCAUCAAUUCUGUAUGGCCCCUCGGCCCACUGGUUGGGUUCACGGUGGAUAAAAUACGAGAAUAAGAUCAAGGUACAGCGUGAGGUUAUCAACAUAAUGCAGAAAAGAACCUAUGGAGGGCUUCGCGAGCUGGAACACAUUAGCUUCUACAGAACUUGA